CCUGAUGUCACAUCCGGGUCCUUGUCACGAAGGGGAAAUAGACUCGGCCCUCCGGGAAGGGAAGUGUCAUGGAGAAACCGUGAGAGACCGGAAGAGGCCGAUUCCCGCUCCCAGCCCAGGUGUCAUCAACAAAAGUUAUAACCCUGCCGCUCACCAUGCCGGCUCUUCUGGAAAGACCCAAACUGUCCAACACCAUGGCCCGAGCCCUUCACAGACAUGUAAUGAUGGAGAGAGAACGCAAGAGGCAGGGUGAGUGCUCCAAAGCUAAAGGUGCAGAAGUGGAGAGGCUGAGACCAGAGGAGGAAGAGGUGGAUAAGAUGAUGGAACAGAAGCUGAGGGAUGAACAAGAGAGGAGAAGGAAGAAGGAGAUGGAGGAGCGGAUGUCCCUGGAGGAGACGCGGGAGCAGAUCAUGAAGCUCCAGGAGAAGCUGAAUAAAUUGCAGGAAGAGAAGCACCAGCUGUUUCUCCAGCUGAAGAAGGUUCUUCAUGAGGAGGAGAAGCGGAGGAGGAAGGAGCAGAAUGACCUCACCACAUUGACGUCUGCCGCUUAUCAGCAGGGCAUGGUGAUGCAUACAGGAACCCACCUCAUUAACAUGCAAGGGAGCCCCGGUGGGCACUCUCGGCACAGCUCUCUUAUGGCAGAUCGGGCCAAGCAGAUGUUCGGCCCACCAGUGAUAACGGGCCGUCAUUACACAUCACAGCCGUCCUACAGCCCAACAGCAGCAGAGCAUGGUCAGUACCAAACCAGCCAAUCCGGUCACAGCCCUUAUACAGUCAGCCAAUCACAGCACAGCUUUGGGGCAGGUCAGGCUGGACCUGUGAACUACACUGGGAGCCAGCCAAUCCGAGGUCCCUCCGCUUUCCCGAGCAUGCAGUAUCUGUCUCAUCAGCAGCCGGGCUACACGGUGCACAGCCAUUACACAGGCGCUCACGCAGGGUUCAUGACUCAAAGCAGCGGUAUCCCUCUCCAGAAGCAACUGGAGCACGCCAAUCAGCAGUCUGGAUUCACCGAUUCCUCUACUCUGCGACCCAUGCACCCGCAGGCUCUGCACCCCACCCAGACCCUCCUCACUGCUCCGCAGAUAGCGGUUCCUAUGCAGCCCACCAAGUCUGCCUUGUCUUACUCCCACCCCUCGCGCUCUGCCUCACCAGGAGGAUACCCCCACGGGACUCCCCCUCAGCAGGCUCAUAUGUCCGGAUUCCAGGCAUCCCCCCAGCAAACGCCUCGGCUUCCCUUCAUGCAGCAUGGACAGAACCAGCGAUUCUACCACAAAUAGUCACCAAGACAUAACGCCCUACGUCGCUGUGACUGUGCAACCCCCAUCCUCAUGUUACCCUCACAACACGUCCGUGUACCCCCCCCCAUGUUACCCUCACAACACGUCCGUGUACCCACCCUCAUUUUAACAUAUCAACACACACUUCUCCCUAGUUUCAUUUUAAUAUCACGCAGACACUUCACCCCACCCUUAUUUUAACAUAACAUAGGCUUUUUACCCCACCCUCAUUUUAACAUAACAUAGGCUUUUUACCCCCACCCUCAUUUUAACGUAACGCGGACCCUUCACCCUCAUUUUAACAUAGCGCUGACCUUUCACCCCCACCCUCAUUUUAACAUAACAUAGGCCCUUUACCCCCACCCUCAUUUUAACAUAACGCAGACCCUUCACCCUUAUUUUAACAUAACGCUGACCCUUCACACCCCAUCUUUAGUUACUCUUACAAUGCAGGCCCUUUUUACCCCAACAUCUUCAUUUUAACCUGACAACUAAAAACCCUUCUACCUACCUACUCACUGUAACCUGACAGCGCAGACCCUUCCCCAUCCUCACUGUAACCUGACAGCGCAGACCCUUCCCCCAUCCUCACUGUAACCUGACAGUGCAGACCCUUCCCCCAUCCUCACUGUAACCUGACAGCGCAGACCCUUCCCCCAUCCUCACUGUAACCUGACAGCGCAGACACUUCCCCCAUCCUCACUGUAACCUGACAGCGCAGACACUUCCCCCAUCCUCACCGUAACCUGACAGCGCAGACCCUUCCCCCAUCCUCACUGUAACCUGACAGCGCAGACCCUUCCCCCAUCCUCACUGUAACCUGACAGCGCAGACCCUUCCCCCAUCCUCACUGUAACCUGACAGCGCAGACCCUUCCCCGUCCUGACUGUAACCUGACAGCGCAGACCCUUCCCCGUCCUGACUGUAACCUGACAGCGCAGACCCUUCCCCGUCCUGACUGUAACCUGACAGCGCAGACCCUUCCCCGUCCUGACUGUAACCUGACAGCGCAGACCCUUCCCCGUCCUGACUGUAACCUGACAGCGCAGACCCUUCCCCCGUCCUCACUGUAACCUGACAGCGCAGACCCUUCCCCCGUCCUCACUGUAACCUGACAGCGCAGACCCUUCCCCCGUCCUCACUGUAACCUGACAGCGCAGACCCUUCCCCCGUCCUCACUGUAACCUGACAGCGCAGACCCUUCCCCCGUCCUCACUGUAACCUGACAGCGCAGACCCUUCCCCCAUCCUCACUGUAACCUGACAGCGCAGACCCUUCCCCCAUCCUCACUGUAACCUGACAGCGCAGACCCUUCCCCCAUCCUCACUGUAACCUGACAGCGCAGACCCUUCCCCCAUCCUCACUGUAACCUGACAGCGCAGACCCUUCCCCCAUCCUCACUGUAACCUGACAGCGCAGACCCUUCCCCGUCCUCACUGUAACCUGACAGCGCAGACCCUUCCCCGUCCUCACUGUAACCUGACAGCGCAGACCCUUCCCCGUCCUCACUGUAACCUGGCAACACCCACCCAUCUCCCCACCCUCGUACUAACCUCAUUCAUCGCAGUUCAUCCUCUCCUGUAAAUAGUGACGUGUGCUGGGAAGGAUCCGUGUUUCGGAUACAUUAUACGUACCGGGAAUAUGUUUCUUGCCACUUCUGCAGCAUCGUGAAAGCAAUUUGUGACUUCUCGCUGUUAACAGUAAAACUUACGUCUCACAAAAA